GCACGAGAGGGCGCACGAGGAGCUACCUGCCACCGUCGCCGAAGUAAUCUCCGCGCCGGCGGACCCGCCGCGCCGCGAUCGCGUUUCGCUAUCGGAGGGCGAUAGCGCCGAUAAGGCCCGCGCCGAUAGCACUGACGACGCCGACCGUACCGUCACACGCGAGUCAGUGAGCGGCAGUGCGCGUUUCGAACCGGUCGAUAAAGAGCCGCCAAUUACGGUCGCGAGUGAACCCCUCGAACAGGACGCUAUUCAGACCGUCAGCGUGACGAGUGAGCCCGUCGGCGACAAAGACAACUCUUGCAGUAAUGCUGCCCGACCCGUCUCAGCCACCACCGAGGCACGUCUAGAGCCGAGUGGCGAAGACUCUGCAGUCUCUAGUGAUCGCAGCGUCGGUGCAACUGCGCCGGUCGCCAACAGUGUCCGAUUCGAUCUGGGCGAGAAAGACGCCGAAGGUGACGAGCCACCGCCAGCUACAGAAGAACCGCGUCCCGAAGCCGACGACACACUGGAGCGCCAACGGCGGAUGUUGCUGUCGCUCCCCAGGGAGCGCCUGCACUCUUCGUCCUCGACGUCGUCGUCCUCGUCUUCGACGUCGUCCGAAGCCUGUCAGGACUCUGAGGACGAGGGCGCCGUCACCACGCAAGUGGCCGCCGGCUGCUACACGGUCACUGCGGGUGGAGACAGCGACGAAAGCGGCGCCGACAGCGACGCGUCCGAAACGACGUCCACGUCUUCCGGCGGCGAGUUUUCUAAAGUGUUCGUCGUCAACAGCGGCGACGACGACAGCAGUGAUGCGGGUCUUCCCGAAGCGCUGGCGCAGCCGUCUUCCGGAGGAUCCGAUGCGGAAGACGACGAGCGCGGCGCCGUUGUGCUUUUGAGGCACGCCUCGUUCGGCAGUGACGAGAAGACUGCGGAAAGUAAGGAAGAGACAGUUGUGUGUGGUGCGAAGAAAACGAACAGGCCGACGGCGUUGUCAGAGCUAGCGAGUCCUGCAGGCACCGAAGGCUGUGACGACGGAAUUGUACUACUGAAGCACAUCAAGAAUUCGGAGGUGGAGACCGCAACAGGCUAUGCAUCUCGCCAGAGCGAUAGCAAAGGGAAGGGAAGCGAGGGAGACGGAAUUGUGCUCGUGAAACACGUCAAGAAUUUGGAGGGAGAAAGUGCUGACGUUUCGGCGCGAGAGAGUGAUUUUAAUUCUGUCCCGGGUGGAGUGGUUAGUGAUGGAGACAAAGAGGUCGGGGAAGAGGAGAGUGGGGGUGAAAGUGAAGGCAGUGUGAGUGACGAAAUGCAGAUGCAUCACGAUACAGGCGACAGCAGCGAUAGCGACUCAGAGAGUUCCACCUUCAGCACCAGUGGCUGCGACAGUGACCUUGACUCCGGAGACGGCGGCGUUGUCCUCUUAAGGCACAUCGAAGUUGUUCCAGAGGAAGACCGCGCGGUCGACACUGGAGAACAGCGUGUACAUGCUUCGCGGGGUGACGUUAACGAGUGUGGUGCUAUUAAUGCCGGAAGUGUCGUUAGUGAAGGGAAGGAUGGCGUUGAAACUGAGAAGAGCAAUGAGGAUGGAGAAGAGGAAGCUAUUACAGUGGAAAAAGCAACAGAGUUUCAUGAAGGUGAGUGCAAAGUUCCAGCAGUUGAAAUUGAAACAUAUGGUGAAAAUAAUGACGCAGUGUUGGCUGGGGAAUUAAGUGGAUGCGUAGAUGAUUUUGUUGUGAAUGAUGACGAGGGAAAUAGAUCGGUAAUGACGCAAGAAGCCACUGCUGGCGUGCAAGAGGAAGAGCAGGGUGCAGUGGUAGUGACACCGGGAAAGGAGGAUGAAGGUUCGGUGGUUGCUGCGGUUUCCAGCGGCUCCGGUGAAGGGCCGCAGGAGCCGGAAGUCACGACCGAGCGCCCCCUGCAGACACAGGACGAACAAAAGCCCCCAGGACACGCAGAGGAUGGCGGUGACUCAGCCGCGACGCAGGACACCGGAUUACCGACGCUGGAGAAAGAGGAGGCCGCAAAGGAAAGUGAUUUACAGCAAUGUUGCCCUCAGAUUACUAUGGAGGUCGUGGAGUGCGUCGAAGAUCUGACGGAGAGCAUUGUCACGCGGAUUGGCGAAGACUCCAAGUCCGUGACAGUGACAGGAGAUGAAGUUGGACGUCUCGCUGGUGCCGAUAUCGAGUCUGCGGUAGCGGAGACGGGGCAGUUGGAAGAUGCAAGCGGCAGCGUGACGGAGGACUCGGACGCCGUAGAGUCGGCGGUACGUGAAGGAAUUCGCGAGGGAGACGAAGAUAAGGCGGCGGCGGCGGCAGCAGGUGGGGGCGAACCGCUCCGGGACAGCUGGUUCGGCGGCGUCGUGCUGCGGCGCAUACGCCACCUGGACGACGAGGGCAGCGACCCGGCGCUGACCGGCGGCCGCGCCGACAACUACGACGGCCGAGCCGCUGCACGAAGUUCGCCGGAGCGCUCAGAGAUGGCGCCGGCGGCCGCUGCCGUAGCAGGCGCGCCUCGCGCCGCUGCCACCCACGACACGGAGGAAGGCGUGCGGAACACCUGCAUUUCACUCGCCGCUCUCUUCGGAGAGUACGACAGUGCGAGCCUGGCAGUCCGCGAGGAUGAGGUGUCGGCCGUCCCGUGCAGAGCGGACAGCGCUGACAGUACCCGGAAGGAGGUAGCGGUGGCGCACGCCGAAGUGGACACGAUCGGCGCCGAAAAGUCUGGGGCUUCUGCAGCGGCAGAAGUACCCGUUGACAGUGCGACGCGCGUCGGAGAAAGUGCCGCGGAGAUGACGUCGGGCGAUUCUGCACCAGCGGAACACGCUCUCGAACGUGAACGCGGGACGGAAACUGUAACGGGAAAGACAGUUGUCGAUAAUGAUCGAGGUCCUGGCCGGGUGUCGGACGGUGAGGAUUCGAUGGCGGUGACAGGUGGAGAGAAGGUGGAGGAGCAGAGUUCCACUGUGGCAGCGGAAAAUCCGUCGUCGGUGGAAGCGCCCGCGAAGUUUGAAGUGUCGGAAAUCGAACAACCUGUGGAGCCGGAUGUGGCGGCGCACCUGUUGUCUUCGGAGCAGUCCGACGUCUCGAGACGGUCGAGAAGUGCGUCGGAGAGCGAGGGGACGAUAAAGCUGGAGGAGGAGGAGACGGAAAGCGGCGAAGGGAGCGACGAGGAGGAAGAGCGGCGCGACGGCGAGGGUGCGCCGACGCGAGCGGACGCGCACCAGCAUGGCGGCGCGCCGCCGGAGCGCUACACCAGCCUCGUCAUGAUAACGCAGGACGCGCCGCAGCAGUCGGUCAGUGUGGUCACGAGCGAGACGACGACGCUGGUCCCGGCGGGCGCCGCCCCCGCCCCCGGGGGCGGGGGCGACGUGGUGGUGAGGCACACGAACUGGGAGGAGCAGGCCGCCGCGGCCGCCGCCGCCUCCGGGCUCGCCGGCUACUUCACCCUCACGCUGGAGGCGGGCUCGCGCUCGGCGUCGCCGUCGGCGAGGCGGCCGCUCGUCACCAAGACGCUGGCGGAGCCCGCCCCCGCGCCGGAGGACACCAUCCCGGCGCGCCAGCAAGAGGACGUGCACGUGGUGACCGGCGGCGACACCCUCUCGGCCGUCGUCUGCCUAGAGGAGGGCCUCGCCGACGACGACUCGUGGGUGGAGGAGGUGGGCGACCGCGACGAGGACGAGUUCGCGACGUCGACGGCCUCGGAGGGGGACGACGCGGACGACUCUUCGUGCGACGAGUCCGGCGCGGCGGUCAGGUCGGCGACGUCGUACUCGGACCGCGAGGAAGAGCUGCGCGGCUACCACCGCUCCGCCAUCGACUUCACCCUGCACACCAUCGUCGAGGAGAGCUGCGAGGAGAGCGAAGUGGAGCACGCGUCGCGCAACGGGGCCGGUUCGGGGCGCAAGUCGCGCCCCACUUCCGCCUCGGAACUGGAGAAGUACUUCUUCUUUCGGCUGGGCAACGGCGCGCCGGUCAACCCCGGCGGGGGCGGCGGUGGGGGCGGUCGGGAGCUGGACUCCAUGUCGGACACCUGCAGCUCCAUCUACAGCGAAGGGUUGGAGUCUCUGGGAGGCGGCGAAGACGGCGGCGGGGGGCCCGGAAGUCCGAGGGACGACGCCGACGCGGACGAGCUGGCGGCGCUGGCGUCCUCGCGGCUGGAGAAGUACUUCCUGACCGGCUUCAUGGGAUUCAUGGGGCCGUCCGGAGAGGGCGCCGGCGACUCGGACGGCAGCGGCAGCGUCGGCAGCGACAGCGAGGGUCGCCCGUCCCCCGAGCAGCGCCGCAAGAGGCUGGUGACGCGCGCCAGGAGGGGCCACCAGCUGUCUGUCCAGCAGAUGUCCAGCCCCUCGCAGCAGCAGCAACAGCAGCAGCAGCACGACGUGACGCCGGAGCUGUCGUGCGGGGAAGCGCCGCCCUUCUCCGCCACCGAAGACUCGUCCAGCACGGAGACCGAAGGCUUGAGCGGCAGCCUGGGCGCGCACGAUGACACCGUCACCACCUUCGACCGGCCCGACGGCCAGUUCGACACCGUCAAACGCAAGAAGAAGCGCCGCAGCAGCGGCUGCCCGUCCCCGGCCGUGGAGGAACCGCCGCAGACGUCCGUCUCCACUCCGCCCUCCGCGUCGCUGGACGCCACUGCCGCGACCACCACCACCACCGCCGGCGGCAAUAACAGGGAAUCCUCGGAAGACGAGGACGGCGCCAAGACGCCUCAGCCCGAAUUCCUCCUGCUGCCCUCCGAUCUGUCGGCGUCGCGCAACAAGCAGCACAGCCGGGACAGCGGCUUCAUCGGCAGCUGCGACGACCUGCUGAAGGAACAGCGCACCAGCAGCGACUCCAGCAGCGCCGGCGGCAGCGAUGCGCCGGCUCAGACCGCCACGGAGACGGCCGCCACCUGCGAGACCACCACGGCCAACAAGGAAGAACCGUCCCCGAUCCAGACGCCGUCCGCAGACAGUGACUCCGCCCGCAAAGUCCUCGCCGACUCGGCCGCGCCGGCGUCGGACGAGAAGGCGUCCCAGCCGGCACCGCCACCGCCGGCUACAUCGCUCACCCGCAAGGACAGCUUCAACAACUGGAGCUCCGACGAGGAGACCAAUCUGAUGAUGUCCAAGAUGCGCGCCUUCUUCAAGACGAUGGUGGCGGCGGCGGGCGCCAACAGCUCGGGGAGGGUGACGGGGGCGACGUCGACGUCGACGCCGCAGGCCAGCCCCGGAGUGCGACCGCGCUCCAAGCCGCCGCAGCUGGUCUACUUCGAGAACGAGCUGACGCGCCUCAUGAAAACCGUACCCGGCAUCCGCGACGACCAGGUGCGCGAGAUUGUCGAGUACCUCAGCAGCGAGGACACCUGGAGUGACUCGUACGACUCGAGCGACUACACCAGCUCGGACCUGGAGGCGCAGCACGAACACCACCUGCACCACCGCCACCAGUACCAUCCCUACGCGUACCAACCUGCGGCGCCUCCCGGCUCGCCGGCGGCCAGGAGCGACCUGCAGGAGCAGAUCUCGGCCAGCUGCCGACAGAUCAUCAACAAGUUCGACACGGCCGGCCCCGGAGAUGACGGCCUGUCCGCCGCCUCCGACAGGGACCGCAUCCUCGGAGGCGCCGCGGGCGUCGACGACGGCGGCGGCAUCGCCAAAGACAACGCGCUCGUCUACCAGAAGCUGGUGGCGUCGUUCUCCAAGAUGGCCAGCAACGACGCCGGAUCGGCUGCCGCCCCCGGGGGCGGCUCUGUCGCUGCCGGAUUCGGCGGUCCCGUCGGUGUGGCAGGGGGCGUGUCCGGCGUCGCUGGAGGCGGCGUCGGAUCUGCCAGCAGCACUCCGCACAGCUCGCCCCCGCUCUUCGCCAAGGUGAUGCAGCACAUCGGCACUAGGUUGGUGGCGCUGAUGCACGAGGUGUCCGGCGGCGAGGGCGUGGCUACGUCGAGCCCGAAGCCGCGGCUGCACCACCACGGGCACCACCACGGCCACCACCACCACCAUCACCACCACCACCAUCACCACCGGCGGCUGCAGCAGAAGCCGUCGAGCGCGUCGACGACGACGGAGGAAGAGGAGGAGGACAGCAGCCACACGGACACGGAGCAGGGCGUGUCCGCACCUCUGCUGCAGCUGCCGCGCUCCAAGUCGCACGACCUGCUGCUCGAGCAGCAGCAGCACGAGGCGCGCCUGCGCUCCGCCAGCAGCGGCGGCCACGUCUCCGACGUCGAGCGCAGCGAGCACUCCGACUACGAGCGCUUCAGUUGGCGAGGCAGCUUCGAGUCUGCGCUGAUGGCAGCGGACUCCCGGACAAAGCUGUCGCUGCUGGCGGGGGCGGGCGGCGGCGGCGGCGGCGUCGGCGGCUGCGGCGCGCUGCCGGAGUCGUGUAAGCGGCGCUCGGCGGGAGACCUGCUGCUCGCCAGCUCCAGGGACCAGCUGGCCGUCGACCGCGUGCGCUCCUGCGGCAGCAUCGGCGGCCUCGAGGAGGAGCAGGUGGGAUGGCGCCGCCGCAGCAGCGUUCCGGACGCGGGCCGCUCGGACAAUACGUCGGCCGACGACGAGGACGAUGACGACGACGACGACGUCGGCGCCGACGAGGGCGGCGAGGAGCGCGCGCGCUCGACGACGCUGCCCCGCAGCCUGGCGCCCCCGGGGGCGGGGCCGGCGCCGGCCACGUCCAACUCCCUGCCGCGGCUGCCGCCCUCGCUGGCCGGCAUGCACAAGGCGCACAGCGUGCACCACCUGCUGCAGGCGGCCGGCGGCGGGGGCGGAGGACACGUCAAGUCUGCGCGCUACCGCCCCCCGGGCUUCGUCAGCCGGCCCGCGUCCACCUCCGUGUCGGCGGGUCCGCCCCCCAAACGCGCCGUCUCCGCCCCCGGGCUGCACCAGCCGCAGCCCGCCCCCCGCGCCAACGCACCGGCCAGGCGCCGCCCCCAGCCGCCCACGUCGCUGCUGCCCUCCGGCGAGGACGUCGCGCAAGGGGAGGAGCCGGUGUCCACGUCGCUGCACCGGCCUAUCAGCAAGAGCGCCACGCCCUCGCCCGUCGUGGGCGGCGCCGCCUCGCGCAAGAACUCCACCAGCCUCAGCGUCGCCGGCGACUUCGCCGCCGCAGCCGCCGACGGCGACGACACCAAGCUGCGGCCAGGCCUCUCGCCUCUCGGGGCACGGAGCGAUUCGCUUGCAAGUGUGUAUUCUGGUGCUGGAGAGGGUCGAUACGGGACUGUGGCAGUGCGAGGUGAAGUGGAGUUUGGCCUGCAAUAUAAUUAUAAAGCUGGAGCACUUGAAAUACUUGUAAAGCAGUGCCGUGAUUUAGCACCUGUUGACACCAAAAGGAACCGUUCGGAUCCAUAUGUUAAAGUGUAUUUGCUGCCAGACAAAUCUAAGAGCGGAAAACGAAAGACGAAAGUAAAGAAACAUACUCUUAAUCCUGUAUUUGAUGAAACCUUAAAAUUCCACAUAACCUUGCAUGGUUUGGAAACAAGAACCCUGUGGCUCACCGUGUGGCAUUCAGACAUGUUCGGGAGAAAUGACUUCCUUGGAGAAGUUAUGAUGUCUUUGGAGAAUAAGGUCUUUGAUGAUCCUACUCCACAGUGGUAUCCUUUGCAAGAAAGGACAGAACCAUUUGAUGACCUGCUCAGCUACAAGGGUGACAUAAUAAUUGGUCUCAAGUUUGUCCCUCCCGAUGUUACUGUGCAAAAGAAAGGCAAGAGAUCACGAGGGUCUCUACAGGUGCUGGUAAAAGAAGCAAAGAAUCUUACUGCUGUCAAAGCUAAUGGAACAUCUGAUCCAUUCUGUAAAAGUUACUUGCUUCCGGACAAAGGACGCAGCUCUAAGCAGAAGACGCCUGUACUUCGUCGGACUUGUAAUCCUGUGUGGAACUACACAUUCACUUAUGAAGAUGUCAGCUUACAAGAACUCUCAGAAAGAAGUCUGGAGCUGACAGUGUGGGACCAUGAUAGACUAGCAAGUAAUGAAUUUCUUGGAGGUCUACGAUUUAAUCUUGGGACAGGCAAACACUAUGGGAAAUCUGUGGAUUGGAUGGAUGCAACUGGAAAAGAAAUGACCUUGUGGCAAAGUAUGCUGGAACGGCCUAACUUCUGGGUUGAAGGAUGUCUGACAUUACGUCCUUCACUUGAACAUCGCAGCACAAACUCAUAGUUUUAGUGGUUAAUGUAAAUGUUAGUGGUGCAUUUAUGCGGAAGUUUUAUACUGCUCUUUUAUUAUUCCUCAGUUGAUUUUGUGUAUUGAUAAGUUUUAUCCACAAGUAUGAUCAUUUGAAAAGAAUGGCCAUUGUGUCCCUUUUUCUUUAUUUUUUAAAAGUUAGAAAUGUAAAUGGCUGUACGAUGUCUGUUCCUUCUAAGUGUUUAUUAAAUUAUUUUUAUAUGGAAGAUAGGUGAGCCUCAUUUCAGAUGAACUAGAGUAGCAUAUAAUGUAUUUUUGUAAAUGUAUUACUGUAAUAGUCCAUUGAAAGAAGUCAUUUGUUAAACUGAAAGUGAUAAUUUCUAUCCUUCAGUUUGAAAUGAGACUCAUAAGUGAGUUAAAUCUUUUUAUAUGGGUGUUGAUUUUGCUACCAACAAGAUCAUGAGGUAUACCUGUUUUGAGGUAAAAUAUUAUCUGCUCCUAUUACAAUAUCUUUAACAUAGGGUGAUUUGGUAUGUAAGAAAUAAUAAAUUCAGACUUGUACUCUGUUAACAUAUAUUUAAUCAUUAUUUAAGAGAAAACAUUGUUUACAUUUAAAAUAAUAGCAGUGAAUGUCCAUAUUUUUAUACAGUAUCCAUACUACAGGAAAAUUAUUGUGUAUGAAAAAUGGGAAUUUUAAGAGAAGCCACUAGCUAAUUAGGUGAACGCAUUUGUGUUCAUAAUAGUUGGAGGUAUGCUGAAACAGUGCUUCCUUUCUUGUGCUAAAAGUAUAUAUUAAUUUGAUAAAAAUGAUAAAAUGUAAUAAUAAUUUGAUGUACAGGCUGAGAAAUCAUUCUCAAAGAAGUAUUACUCUUACAGUUAUUAUUAUACAUGUGUUGUCUGCAAAAAGUGAUUUAGAAAGAGAUUCUUAUUUUAGUAGUAGCUUCUGACUGUAUUGUUCCUAAGAAUUUGGGAUAAUUGUAUCAAUGUCUCUUUUGUAGCUGCAACAAAUUUUUCGGUGUUAUUGCUGUUUAAUGUGUGUGUUAAUUAUAACAGUAUGAACUAUGGCUCUUUAGAUGUACCUAAGUAAUAUAUAAAUGCAAAUACACUAAGCUUACCACAGUAUGGGAAGGAAGAAAAUAAUCAUGUUUUGAUGUGUACCUUCAUCUUCAAUAAAAGUGGCAAAAUGUUGCAUUAUUAGAAAAGUUUAAUAGUAACUGGAUUGUCUGUAUUUCAGCAUUAAGUUCAGUUUCUUUUCUCUCUAAACAUACCAACUGUUUGGUUGAUUUUGAUAUUUUUAAAAUUAGUGUAAUAGCUUUUUGUAAAUCACUAAAUUGCUUCUUAAAAGAUACAUAAAGUAGAAUAUGUGUCUACUUUCAUUUCUACUAUUGAAAAAUUUCCUCCAGUUUGUUAGUUUUAGUGAACUUUUUACAAUUUUACGUUUACUUGCAUUCUCUACAUGUAACUCUAAAAAAGAAGCAUUCCACAAUCCCAGUUUCAGUUUUUGAUUAGGUAAUGGUGAAUUCAGUAAUUUACAUUACUAAGAUAACAGGGCACAAGACUAGUGUCUUCUUACCAUUAUAGUGGUAUGAAGUAUUGAUCUCUCAGACAUUGUCAUUGUAUAUAGUUAUAUCAUGAGUCAUGUUAUUUUCUAAUUGUCAAUAAAACACCAUAUAUAUUCUGUU